GACUUUCCUCUUUAACUCCAUCCCCAUAUCUUUCACUGACCAAACCGGUGUUCGGUUACACACACCCAAAUACUGAAGAAAUAAAACAAAAACAAAACAAAGAAGAAAAGAAAACUGGUUCUUUUCGUGUUGCGUUUUCUUGUUCUCUCAUUUGAUUCUUCUUUUCAGUUAUAAUUGUGUACUUGUCUCUCUUGGUUUCACGGCUUGGAGGUUCCGGCGACCUCCUCGGAAAUUUUGUUGUUUAUUUUUCACAGUGAUUGAGUGUGAAAGUUUCCAAGAUAUUUUUUUUCUUUGAAAAGAAUGUUUCUUUUUGAUUGGUUCUAUGGAAUUUUGGCGACCCUUGGUCUGUGGCAGAAGGAGGCGAAGAUUUUAUUCCUAGGGUUAGAUAAUGCUGGGAAGACCACUUUGCUUCAUAUGCUCAAAGACGAGAGAUUAGUUCAGCAUCAACCUACCCAGUAUCCCACUUCAGAGGAGUUGAGUAUUGGAAAGAUAAAGUUCAAGGCUUUCGAUUUGGGUGGCCACCAGAUUGCUCGUAGGGUCUGGAGGGACUAUUACGCCCAGGUGGAUGCUGUAAUCUACCUGGUUGAUGCAUUUGACAAGGAAAGAUUUUCAGAAUCAAAGAGGGAGCUGGAUGCUCUUCUUUCUGAUGAGUCAUUAGCAAAUGUGCCUUUCCUUAUCUUGGGAAACAAGAUUGACAUACCUUAUGCUGCCUCAGAGGAUGAGUUACGUUAUCACAUGGGCCUCACUAACUUCACCACAGGCAAGGGCAAAGUUAAUUUGGCUGACUCCAAUGUUCGUCCUUUGGAGGUGUUCAUGUGCAGUAUUGUCCGGAAGAUGGGAUAUGGUGAAGGCUUUCAGUGGCUCUCUCAGUACAUUAAAUAGAGAACAAGCGUGCUCCUAGUUCUUUAUGAUCCUCAUGCUAAUGCAGUCUCCACAUUAGCAUUGUAGUUUUUAGACGUAUCUACUCAUGUAAAUGGUGGUUUUACUUUUUCUUUGUUAUGUGAUACCCUUGUUUAGUUGACAAGCUUGGGAUGCAGGCUAUAUCAGUUAUUAAAAUAGCAGAAUUAAUAAAUGGUGGCUUGAAUAUAGGAAAUAGCUUUGUGCA